GUGAAGUGUUCCACGAGGUUGAAAGGGAGUGUAUGUGAGUUCCUUCCUGAACUCUCGCCUUUUUGUCUUUGAAAGCAACAUCAAACAACAAUAAUCGUAAUUAAUAUUCUUAGACAAGAUUGACGUGAAAGUUCAUACAAUGGAAAAGGCACAAGAUGGCAGCGACGGCAGAAAUUUAGGUUAUGCAACUUGGGAUCAAGACCGCCCUGAUGCGCCCAUGCCCGUAGGACCGAAGGAACCAAAUUAUAACAUGCAGCAUAAAAAACGAGGCCAUGCUGUCAUCCUUGCAUAUGAAAACUUUUCAAGCUAUGGGCCACCAAGACGGAGCUGCGCUGAAAAUGACGUAGACAUUGUCACGGCUGCUUUCAAGAAGCUGAAAUUUACUGUCCGGACUUCCUGGGACCUGAAGAGGGAUGACUUUCUGAAAGUUCUCAAGCAAGAGAGCCUGAGCGAUCACUCUGACCAUGACUGCCUGGUGGUGGUUCUGAUGUCUCAUGGAGGCGUCGACGACAUGAACAAUGAAUUCAUCUAUACUUACGACCACAAGGUCAUGACAUCGGAGUUGUGGAAAAACUUCACGCCGGAAAAGUGUCCGACGCUUGCUGGGAAACCGAAGAUGUUUUUUCUCCAGGCUUGCCGAGGAGAGGGCGUCGACAAAGGCGUUCGCUUACUGAAACCAAAAGCGAUGCGAGUGCAGACCGACAGUCUGCCAGUCGAGCAAGACUAUGCCAUUCCUUUGCAUGCUGACAUGCUCAUUAUGUGGGCAUCAUACAUAGGAACGUUUGCCUUCAAGUCAGGCAACAACGGCCUCAACGGGAGCGUAUUCCUGCACUACCUUUCCAACGUCCUGAGCGAGGACGGCGAUAAGCAUGACCUCGCAACCAUGCUCCUUCGAGUGACCCGGGAAGUCGCUGUCUGCUACGAGUCUUACGUCCCGGGGAGCCAACUCGAUAGGAACAAGCAAAUCCCUUACACGGUAUCUACGCUCAUGCGCAAGGUCUUCUUUAAUUAAAUGAAGUAGAGUGUUAACUAAAUCAUGGUUUGUGUAAAAAGUAAUGAAACAAAUGUACCAUAUACACGAGAAAAUGGGGCCUGUUGUAACUCUCUGUAACUUCCUCUAUCCACCAUCUAUUAGUUGACCAUGACGAAUCAAACAUGCGUCGGCUUUCGAGGAUGGCACAUGGGUAACAAAUAAAAGCCUUUUUUUUUAUUGACAUUGUUAAAAGAGAGAGAGAGAGAGAGAGAGAGAGAGAGAGAG